AUGACUCCUGCUCCCAAUCACGUCCUGAGCUUGACGGUUUUCGGGGAAAAGAUCGUAGCUGGAAGCCUGCCGAAGAGUGGAAGAGAUAAGAUUCUUAUUGUAGAGAUCAUCUUAUGGAGCUUGUCAGGACACGCUAAUCCAAAGUGGACAUGUCUGCUUAUGAAAUGUCUCUGCAUUGUUCCCAGCCGUGUUAAGAAAACACAAGCCAAAUUCGUUUUGGAUAUGCUGAGGGGUGUUUUCGGUCAUAGAAUACACGAAAAUGAACCCCACGCUAUUGACCACGAUCUUUCUCCGCACCGCCACAAACCUCAAAGGUCACCCUCCAACCCAAUACAUAUUUGCCGCCAAGCCCAUUUGAUAAGCUCAACCUCGCCCUACUCUAGCGGAUUCCCGAUCUCUUAUUUGAGCGUCACGCUUCUUUACCUUUCAUUCAAGUCUACUCAACUAGACCAUUUCAACUUCAUAAAUAAGCACUUCGAACGCCUAGUCCUCCGAUUACAAUAUUGGACAUUCCUCAAUUAA